AGAUCAGAAGUAGGUGAUUUUGUCCAGCUGCAGCUGCUGGUGUUUCUUUCAGAUGUGGAGCCCGAGGCUGUUUAUGACAUGAGAAGAGCUGAAGCUGAAGUCUGACUGUGAGAUGAAGAUGAUGAUGAUGAAGAGGAGGAGGAGGAGCAUCAGAUCAGGCCUCACAUGUGUUUCUCUCCUCAGUCACACUCAUGAACCAGACCACAAACUGACAGAAAAACACUUCAGAAGUUCAGCUCCUGCUGUCAUGUGUCGAUCUUUCGGCAGUUCUGGGAUGUUUUGAGCUGAAUGAAGAUGAGUGCUGAUCGGUGUGGAGUUUGAUUUGAAGAAAUGAUUCAGAGAAACUCUUGCAGGAGAGUAAAAAUGUCUCUGUGGUUCCUGCUGCCCAUCAGUCUGCCUGUGUUCACACUGCCUGGAAUCUGGAUCAUAUAUGCGAUGGCACUUUCCAAUCAGCACGUGUGUCCUGUGAAUAACUGGGUGUAUAAUUCAACCUGUGAGACGUCUUUGGUUCUUCAGAGCGGAUCUGAUCUGUGCUGCACGCUGGAUAAUAUCCCACUCAUCAGUAAAUGUGGCGGAGUUCCUCCAGAGAGCUGCUGGUUCAGUCUGCUGUGCAGUGCUGCUUCAUUCUUGGUGACUGUGAUUGGUCUGCUGCGUUACGCUCAACUGAUCCAUAAGGAGAGCAACAACGUGUUGAACAUCGAGGGUUUGUUUGCCGGAUGGCUCUGUGCCGCAGGACUCAUGAUUGUUGGAAACUUCCAAGUGGACCAUGCUAAAGUUCUUCAUUAUGUGGGCGCGGGUCUGGCCUUCCCCGCCAGUCUGCUGUUUGUGUGCGUGCAGACGCUCCUGUCGUACCGCGCGGCCGAGACACGGAGAGACUUCCAGACGGCUCAUCUGCGGCUCACGCUCACCUCACUGGCCUUCACCACCCUCAUACUCAAUAUCCUUUACUGCACACGAGUGUGUAACAGGAAGACAAUAUUUCAUAGACUUUUCCCUGUAGCUCAUAAAACUAGCUAUAAAUGCUGUGCGGUUGCUCCUUAACGUUCUGUCCUGCAGGCGGUGUGUUUUUCAUUCAGGAGAGUUUCGUUCUUCAGCACGCAGCUGCCAUACUGGAGUGGACGUUUGCGAUCAUCGUGCUGCUGUUUUACAGCUCGUUCUCGCACGAGUUCAGCUCCAUCUCUUCAGAAACACUCGUGGUUCUGAUGACAAGAAGAGCCGGUUCUUCUUCUGAGGGACGGAAACUAGAGAAAGUCUAGACAAACGUCUGACAUGUGAACAUUUGAGCAGUGAUUAUAGAGAGAAGAUGAGUAUUAAUGUGCAACCUGGUGGAAAAAUCUUUACAUUCUUGAAAAUAAAGGCUCUUUAAAGUGGCAUCAAUGGUUCCAUGAAGAACCUUUAAUCUUUCCGUUGGACAAAAGGUUCUUUAUUGUGGGAAAAGGUUCUUUAGAUUAUUAAAAUGUUCACUAAAAAAGGUUAUUUUAAGAACUGAUGAUCACUGAAAGUGUUUUAUGGUGAACUCAAGUUCAAGUGCAAAUUGUCUUAAUGUUCAGUUAAAAACAGUGUUCUUGAAUCAUGUUUGUGGACUCAUAUUCAGUUUCACAUGUUCUGCAUUAUGAUGAACUUUAUCAAAAGUGUGUGUGCAGAAAUGUUCACAGGUUUGUUUGCAUUGUAAUGUCAACAUACCACUUUUCUUUAGUAAGAAAGUUCUGUAAUAUUUCACUGGUUUAUUGUCAUGUCCUCACAGUUCAGCAAAUAUAUCAGAAUUAUGA